AUGCCACCUUACCUCCGACUCGCUCGACAAGACGCUUCGUCUAGCACUUCCACCUCCACUGACACAAGCGCAGGUGCGACAGGCAACGAUCAAUCAUUCAUGGACAAGUAUUCCAAGGAAAUAUACAUUGGUCUAGCAGUAUUGGGAGUACUGAUUCUCUCAUACUUCCUAUGGGCAGGAACGUCUCAUCGAUUAUCCUUUCCUCCAUUCAGCCAGAAAAGGUGUAUGGACUGUAAGAAAGGUAUUUCGAAGGAUAAGACAGAGGAUGAAGAUUACUUCAAGAAUGACCAAGAGAACAAAAAGGGAUGGGUGUGUAAGGAAUGUCAGGAAAAGAGAGAGGAGAAGAUGUUGGACAGAGAGCUGAAGGAUGGUGAAGAAGGCAAACGAGCUAAAACAAAGAAGGAUGAUCAUAAUAAAAAGAAGACGAAUAAGAAUAAAGCUGCAAGCAGCAAGAAGGAGGUGGUGGAUAGUGAUGAUUCUUCUGAUGAUUCCGAAGAAGAUGAUAAUGUGGAGAAGCGAGUGGUGAGGAAAAGUGUGGUUGUAGAUAAGAGAAAGAGUCGACCACCUCCUAUAAGUAAGAGACGGGAAGAGGAGAGUGAGGUGGAGUACGUGACUGAUUCAGAAGAUGAGGACACGAGUGAUGAAGAGAUUGAGAGGGAGAGGAGAAAAGAGAAAGACAGAAGACGAAGAUAG